GACAUCAACAUAGCAGUAGCAGCUUAUAGCAUCCAGCGUCGUGUCCUGGAAACGCUUCAUCGCAGACUCUUGGCCGAGCUUAGACAAGCUCAUGACACCGAACUCGAUAAUUUCAAACAGAAUCUCAAAGAAGACCUCCGUCUCCAAGCAGCCAUAUCACACACUACACGCAGCUUGUCCAGCAAAACUUCAUCAAGUAAUAGCACUGAGGAGUCUGCCACAUCAGAAGAACAAAGACUCCCCACCAGCGGACGCAUCCGCCGGAGAAUGGAGGUUACGAAGGUCCAGCUGCUCCAAGCCAAAGAGAGAAGAGCAGCAGGAAAGCAUCGCAAGGAUGAAAUUCAUGGACUGAAAAAGGAGUACGGAGACGUGGUCAUCCCGGAGAAAAAUGGGGGUAUCACAGAAGCCGACUGUCUCAGAGAGAUCAACACGAUUCUGUUUGACUGGGGUCUCACGAAUGUCAAGUUUGAGGGUGCAACUCACCGAUGGGAAGACGACUUGGAGAUCAUGGUCUCAUAUCACGUUCAGCGCGAACAAGAGGAGAGGAAACGGCGU